GCCCGGAGCGAGCGAGAGCGCAGCGUCCCCGCCGCCGCCCCCGGGGCAUGGCCUGUCUGAUGGCCGCUUUCUCGGUCGGCACCGCCAUGAACCCCAGCAGUUACUCGGCAGCCAUGGUUGAGCCCAAGUCCGUGUGCGUCUCCGUGGACGACGUGUUCUCGGGCAGCAUGGACUCGGCGGAGACGGAGCUCAUGAACGGGCACCUGAAGAAAGUGGACAACAACCUCAUGGAGGCCCAGCGCUUCUCCUCGCUGCCGCGCAGGGCGGCUGUGAACAUCGAGUUCAAGGACCUGUCCUACUCGGUCCCUGAGGGACCCUGGUGGAGGAGGAAAGGCUACAAGACGCUUCUGAAGGGAAUCUCAGGGAAGUUCAACAGUGGAGAGCUGGUGGCCAUCAUGGGGCCUUCGGGGGCCGGCAAGUCCACCCUCAUGAACAUCCUGGCUGGCUACAGGGAGACUGGCAUGAAGGGGGCGGUGCUCAUCAACGGCACGCCCCGGGACCUGCGCUGCUUCCGGAAGGUGUCCUGCUAUAUCAUGCAGGACGACAUGCUGCUGCCGCACCUCACGGUGCACGAGGCCAUGAUGGUGUCGGCUCACCUGAAGCUGCAGGAGAAGGAUGAAGGACGGAGGGAGAUGGUCAAGGAGAUCCUGACAGCCCUGGGCCUGCUCUCCUGCGCCAACACCCGCACGGGGAGCCUGUCGGGCGGCCAGCGCAAGCGCCUGGCCAUCGCCCUGGAGCUGGUCAACAACCCGCCCGUCAUGUUCUUCGAUGAGCCCACCAGCGGCCUGGACAGCGCUUCCUGCUUCCAGGUGGUCUCCCUGAUGAAAGGGCUGGCACAGGGGGGCCGCUCCAUCAUCUGCACCAUCCACCAGCCCAGCGCCAAGCUCUUCGAGCUCUUCGACCAGCUGUAUGUGCUCAGCCAGGGCCAGUGCGUGUACCGGGGGAAGGUCUCCAACCUUGUGCCCUACCUGAGGGAUUUGGGGCUGAACUGCCCCACCUACCACAACCCAGCCGACUUCGUCAUGGAGGUGGCAUCCGGCGAGUACGGCGACCAGAAUGGCCGGCUGGUGCGAGCGGUCCGGGAGGGCAUGUGUGACUCUGAGUACAAGAGAGACCUUGGGGGCGAGGCAGAGGUCAACCCUUUCCUGUGGCACCGACCUUCAGAAGAGGUAAAGUGGGACUCGGCCUCGGUGGAGGGCUGCCACAGCUUUUCUGCCAGCUGCCUCACGCAGUUCUGCAUCCUCUUCAGGAGGACCUUCCUCAGCAUCGUGCGUGACUCGGUCCUCACGCACCUGCGCAUCACCUCGCACAUCGGCAUCGGCCUCCUCAUCGGCCUGCUCUACCUGGGCAUCGGCAACGAGGCCAAGAAGGUCCUGAGCAACUCCGGCUUCCUCUUCUUCUCCAUGCUCUUCCUUAUGUUUGCCGCCCUCAUGCCCACGGUCCUCACGUUUCCCCUGGAGAUGGGUGUGUUUCUUCGGGAACACCUGAACUACUGGUAUAGCCUGAAGGCUUACUACCUCGCCAAGACCAUGGCCGACGUGCCCUUCCAGGUCCUGUUUCCUGUAGCCUACUGCAGCAUCGUGUACUGGAUGACGUCACAGCCGUCCGAUGCCGUGCGCUUUGUCCUGUUUGCUGCACUGGGCACCAUGACGUCCCUCGUGGCCCAGUCCCUGGGGCUGCUGAUCGGAGCGGCCUCCACUUCCCUUCAGGUGGCGACCUUCGUGGGCCCCGUCACGGCCAUCCCAGUCCUGCUCUUCUCAGGGUUCUUCGUCAGUUUCGACACUAUUCCCACCUACCUGCAGUGGAUGUCCUACAUCUCCUACGUCAGGUACGGUUUUGAGGGCGUCAUCUUGUCCAUCUAUGGGCUGGACCGGGAGGACCUACACUGCGACAUCGACGAGACGUGCCACUUCCAGAAGUCGGAGGCCAUCCUGCGCGAGCUGGACGUGGAGAACGCCAAGCUCUACCUGGACUUCAUUGUUCUGGGCAUCUUCUUCAUCUCCUUGCGCCUCAUUGCCUACUUCGUGCUGCGAUACAAGAUCCGGGCAGAGAGGUAGAAGGCCCGUGGGACCAGCAGACAGGAGACAGCCCACCGCUGCCACAGUGGCCACUGCUGCUGCUGGGACAGCACAGGACCAGCAGACGGGAGACAGCCCCCCGCUGCCGCAGUGACCGCUGCCGCUGCUGGACGGUGCCCAUGCAUCCUCCUUGGGGACGGCGGCCGGCCUGCAGAGGGAAGGGGCUGCUGGCCACCUUCUGGGCCUGGUGAGGUCGGAUCCCUUCCCCUCUUCUCUUCUAGCUCUCACUAGGAAGUGUAGCCAGGGUUUGUUCGUAUCAACGUGCAGAAUUCCAACAACUGCCCCGGGGGCCAUGGUGCAGGAUGGGCGACUCUGCAGGAGACGCCCCGUCUGGCUGGGUGCAGUGGGACUUCCCCUCACCCCCGUGGGAUGCUGUGCAGGAGGCCCUCCGAUGGCCAUGGGGGCACCCACAGCUGCCUCCUCCUAAGGCCUGUCUCUCUCAGCCGAGGCCAGCCGGGCCUGUCCAUCCGCACAGGGCUCCUUUGCUGGGGAAGGCUGGGGGUGAAGAGCAGGACUUGCAGGGCCUGGCGCUGGUCAUGGGGCGGACCUCACUGCUGGCAAGAAUGUGUGACAGUCACGGGAGGGCUGUGGCUGGCCAGGUCUGAUCCAGGCGGCGCACGAUGGAGCUGGCGGUGCUCCUGAAGUCUGCCCAUGUGUCCGCUUGUCGCUUUGGGUUUGCAGCACCACGUGUUUGUUACCGAUGCUCCGCCCACCUCCUUUCCGCUUCCAAUGUCCAGAUUGGUUCUGAUGAGGUUUUAAUUUUUGCAUAAAAACAAUCUCUAUCUUGUCACGUGUCAUAUCAACUACCUCCAGGGACAAUAGCAAAAGUGUCAGGCGUGGCCCUGGAGGGUGGGGGCUGCAGAGCUGCCAGCAACUUCCGGCCGUGACUGCACUGGAGCCUGCUCGAGGCCGGCUGCCCGAGGUUCUGCCAUUCCUUGGCUGGGUUCCUGAAGCUUUUCUUCCCUGUGAUCAGAGAAUUCUAGAAGUCCCUGUGCUGUGUGGAUUUGGCCUGCAAGAUGCUCAGAGAUCCUUGCGCCUCCAGAGCCUUUUCAGUAAACACAGUGUGGUCCUGUUCUGGAUCGCUCUUACCCAGCCCGUCCACAAAGUCUGUGUUUAACUUCAGGGAAGUCUGCCCAUGGGCAUCACACCGAACAGGGAGGGGGCUGCUGGGCCAGGCUGGGGCGGGUCUUACUCUGGCCUCAGUGGACGGGGUAGUGUCCCUGCCCCAGCCUGGCCUGACACCCCUUGCAUACCACUCACCAGGCUGGACCAGGCUGCUGCGGGGAGGGGUGCAGAGAUGGGCGCCUGUGUCUGCAGGCACACACCUCCUUGCACACGGGGGCCUGGGGUCCCAGAGUCCUUCUUGCUCUUGGCCUCAUUUCAGCAGCAGACCCCACCCCAAUCCCCCUUUCUGAGGGAAGACAGUCCCUCUGGCCUCAUGCCUGUGAGCUUGCUGUGCGAUCGGGAGCCGUCAAGGGCGCAACCCAAGGCCAGGGGAUUUUGCUGUAACGUGAGUCAGCCACCUGCCAGUACAGCUGGGAGCCCACCGUGUCUGAGUCUGGAGUCCGGUGCUCUACGCAACGAAGCCCACUAAUAAAUAUCCCUUAGAAAGCGUUGCCCUUUGGUGUCCAUGGCUUUGAGUGACUUGUGCAAAUGGGCCAGCCGGGCAGGUGAUAGGGCACCUGGGCAGACCUGUGCAGCGGGUGCCAGCUCCACAGUCUCCCAGGCACCGGAAGCCCAACUGGAAGGAAUGCCCAUGCCGCUUCUUGAACGCUUGCCCGCUGUGUGGCUCCUCUCUACUUUCCCAGCCUUUACAACACGGCUCCCAAAGGGCCCAGGCGAGACUCCCAGGGUCUCCCCGGCCUGUCCACAGCCUGUCCAGUAUUAGAGGGACAUCCCGGAGCCAGGCGCCUGCUAAUGAGCAACAUGGCCGCUCACUGGGUCUGCGUCACCCAGAGGGCGAGAUGGAGCAGGACAUAGGAUGCGUCCACUCAGCAGCACCCAUCCCCCCAAGGAGCCAGCUCUCCCGCUGGGCUUGCACCUCUAGGGCCCAAGCAGGCAGCGGUGUGGGGAAGGCCCGAGCAGGGGCACACAGUCUCUUGUGGCAGGAGAUGAAGGUGACUGGCGGGCACCAGGAGGGGAUGCCCAGUAUGUGUUGUGUUCAUUGUGUGGCCACAGCGUCCCUGUCCACCAGCCAAUAGGAAAUUGUGCCCCCACGCUGGGAUCUUUCCCAUGUGCCCCGCGGGAGGGUUGUGUGUGCCUGUGAAAGCAGGGGCCUGGCCCGCACACUGGAUGCCUUGCCGUUCUCAGAAACGCUCCCCGAGCCUGAUGGCAGAAGCCAGCCACACGUGCCCACUGGCAAGACCAGGGCCACCAGCCGAGGGGCUGCUGUCAGCAAGCCUGCUCUCAGUGCCAGGUAGGGGCCACCUCGCGCCCCUGGCUUGUCUAGAAAACUGCACCAAACAUGGAUCAGCUGCCGGGGCCUUCCCUGGCACGUGGACUGGGGCGCAGCCUCAAUGCCAUGCUUGUGUUGACGCUUCUGACACCGGCAGCGAGUGAGGGCGGAGGCCCGCGUGACCGGGAGCAGCAGAGUGCCCGCUGUCAGUGCCCUGCCCCACCAGGAGCCCUCACUGCCCAAACGGGCCAGGGAGCUCCCCUUGCCAUUGCUGCCUCCAUGCAGUGCACGCCUUGAGGUCCAGGCGCCCAGAGAGCGAGCUUCGGCAAGCGAGGUUUGCCUGGUGGGAGGGUGCUGCAGCCGCAGGAAUGGGGGUUCCAUGGGCUCUGUCACGUCCAUGACCUUGGGGACGACCUUGAGGGUGUGCUGAGCUUUAUCGCCAGUGUCUCAAAUUUAGUCCCAGGCCCAAGUAAAGACAGUUCCCUUGCAUCUGCCACCAGAACAAGCCGGCACUCACCGAUAGCUUGUGCACCUUUUCGUGGCCUGGGGCCCCACCUGGGAGGGGAGAGAGGAGUCUGUUCUCGGUGUACCACGUGUCUCGAGGGUGAGGGGUGUGCAUGACAAGCCCCCCACAGCCCGCCCCCGCCGCGUCCUGUGUCACUUGUACCUGCUCGUGUUUUGUCCUUUGUAGACAGGCGUAGUGGGGCCCGAGCGAAGCCCACUCGAAUCCCUGUGUCCCUGUGUUUGAUGAGGGAUUGUUAGCCUCUCAAAGCGAAAGUCAAUGCAAGUAACUUUUGAAUCAGCGUGCAGAUGGGGCCACGGCCGUAUCCCCACUGAGACAGCCAGCAGGACUGUUUUGGCUGUGGCUGCGCAGUUACCGCCACACUGGUGUAGCUGUGUGAUGGCAGGAUGUGCUGCUUGCACGCUGGAAGCAAUUUGCACUGCUGUAAAUAGACAUAUACAGAUGUACAUAUCUAUAUUCAGAAAUAACAUCUGCUCCUGGGUGCCCGCCUGCUGGGCCGCAUCCCUCCAGGGCAGUGCUGGACCUGGGCAGUGCCCCGGCCGGGAGCCUCCCACUGUCCGCUGCGGAGCCUGGGCCCGUGGUGCGUUAUUCCUGCAAGUUAACUCCUUAGAUUUGUACGUGCAUCUUUUGCAGACUCGAACUUUGUUUUCUGAAAUUAGAUGCCAUUUACGAAGAUGUGACAGAAAGCCAAUAAAAGCAUCAUUAUUUUCAGAU